CAUAUGCCGGAAGUGGUGUGUCUCACGCGUGUGUCAACUCGCGAACAAGCUCUCCUUGCUCCUUUCUUCGCCCACCCGGCAAUUUUAUUUUAUAAUGUCAUUUUGCCCCGAAUGGCGGCUAGAGAAUGUUUGACCAAGAAGAAUCCACAUGAGGAUGUUUUUUGAUUGACGCGUUUUUCAAUAUUAUGAACAUUCUGAGUGUCAUCACAUUGCGCGUGUCCGCCGCCGCUCGUCCGCUGCUCCUCACCCCGUGUCGCUGUCCUUUUUUGCGACCUGCCAGGCAAGCGCAUCAUUCCAUGGCUGACAACACCAACAACAAGAUGGAGAAUAUGAGGCCCGCCAAGCAGCAGGCGAAGCCUCUCCGGAGGCUGAAGGGCAAAGAGAGUCGCAGCAAACGCGGCGACGUGCACGGCCCCGCCACUGUGUACGUGCAGGUGGUCGGCGCCGGAAGUCGGGACAACGCCGCGUCACUUUACGUCUUCUCCGAGUUCAACAGGUACUUGUUCAACUGUGGAGAAGGGACGCAAAGACUCAUGCACGAGCACAAGCUGCGAGCAUCCCGCCUGGACAACAUCUUCUUGACCCGGAUGAGCUGGGAGAACGUGGGUGGUCUUUCGGGAAUGAUCCUCACCUUGAAGGACACCGGAGUCCCCGACUGCGUCCUCUCGGGACCCCCUCAGCUGGAGAGCUACGUGAAAGCCAUCAAGACUUUCUCCGGGCCGCUGGACAGCAUAAAACUUUCUGUUCGUCCGUACACGGAACAAACAUACACGGACGACACCAUGACCGUUGUGCAAGUUCCCAUCUUCGCCUCACCAAGGAAUAGCCGACUCUCUCCAGGAAUUAGCCGCUCCCCAAGUCCCACCUCCGUCGGGAGAGACGGCGAUCACCUCGAUGAUGUCAAAGACCAAUCAGGAGACAAAAGCCAGGUUCCAAGAGACGCAUCACUGGUGGUCGCAUUCAUAUGCAAACUUCAUCCCAAGAAAGGAAACUUCUUGGUGCUCGAGGCCAAAGAACUUGGACUUCCUGUUGGCACAGCGGCGAUUGGCCCACUCAUCGCCGCUCUGAAGAGCGGCAAAAGCAUCACGUAUGAUGGCAAACAGAUCCGACCGGAGCAGGUGUGCACGCCCACCGAUCCGGGGCCGGUGUUUGUCAUCGUGGAGUGUCCGUCCGAGGAGUUUGUCGGGCCUCUCUGCGAUAGUCAGCACAUUUCAAGGUAUCACAACGGGGGGGCAGAGGACGCCCCCGCCCUGGUGGUGCACAUUACUCCUGAGGCACUGCUGAAAACGGAUCAGUACCGAGCCUGGAUGGAAAGGUUCCCGUCCACCACUGAGCAUCUGAUCCUCAACGAGCACGCUGGCUCCGCCCACAAUGUCCGCAGUCACAAGAUCCAAGCGCAGCUCAACAUGAUCCACCCCGACGUCUUCCCGCACCUCACCGCCUACACGCCAAAAGAGCCCUGCUCAUCUUUCAAGGCGUCCGCCAUGCGAGCCGAAUGUCUGCUCAAGUUCCAGUUGCGACCGAUCAUCGAGUGGCAAAGAGACGCCAUCCCUCCUUGCAUCCACGAGGAGUUUGUCAAAGAGGCUUUUGACGUGCCCAACUUUUUGCAAGAAGUGGACAAAUGUCAGCAGCUACGCUCAAACGGCUCCGCAGCGCCUCCUGGACAAGUAGAAUAUCCCGAGUUUGUUUUCCUGGGAACUGGAUCGGCUCUGCCCAUGAAAAUCCGCAACGUCAGCAGCACUUUAAUCAACAUCAGCUCGGGCCGUUCGCUGCUGUUGGACUGCGGCGAGGGGACCUUCGGCCAGCUGUGCCGACACUACGGCGACGGCGUGGACAAGGUUCUGUCCGACAUCUCUGCCGUGUUUGUGUCGCACAUGCACGCCGACCAUCACACGGGUCUGGUCAAGCUGCUGUACCAAAGACGACGUGCUCUGGCAACUUUAGGCAAGGCCUGGCGUCCCGUGUUGCUGUUGGCCCCCUGGGACAUGAUGAGUUGGCUGCGGCAGUAUCACGACGGCUGCGAGGAGAUCCUCCAUCACGUCAACUUCAUCCCAAACGACGUCCUGCGUCACAAAGCAGAAGCUCCCAAGCCGAGGACGCGAGCGUUAAUUGGCGCGUUACUCGAGAAAAACGACUUGGAAAAGUUUGAGACGUGCACAGUUCGCCACUGUAAGAACGCGUACGGCUGCAGCCUGACGCACCGGUCGGGCUGGAAGGUGGUCUUCUCCGGCGACACCAUGCCCUGCGACGCCCUGGUGCACAUUGGGAAGAACGCCACCCUGCUGAUCCAUGAGGCCACGCUGGAGGACGGUUUAGAGGAGGAAGCGGUGGACAAACGACAUAGCACGACAUCACAGGCGAUCGACGUGGGCAUGAGGAUGCGGGCGGACUUCAUCAUGCUGAAUCACUUCAGCCAGCGCUACGCCAAGAUCCCGCUCUUUAGUGAUGAUUUCACCGAGCGAGUGGGCAUCUCCUUCGACCACAUGCGGGUGCGUCUGGGAGACUUGAAGAUCCUACCCUCGCUGAUCCCGGCACUCAAGACGCUCUUUGCCGAAGAACUGGAGGAAAUGGAAGAGAGACGAGAGCGACGGGAGCUCAAGCAGAAAAGGUCGACCCUCUCAGAGGGCGACGCCGGCCAGGAGAAUGACACCUCUGGAGUCCUCCACGCCAAGAGACUGAAGAGCAGCUGAUGAGUUUGAGUUCCAGCAGAACCUUGCUGUUGGCCACACAAAGGAGUCGAGUCCUGCCGCCAAUCGCAAACGCCACAAGUCACUGAUGCCUCUCAAAAAAAGGCCGAUAGGUUCCAGAAGAUUGCAGCAAAGCACUGCUUUUGUCUAAAUGCUAAACUGCAGAUAUGCUGGAUCCACUUUAUUUCAUACAAACUGCAAGCCUUGAUUUAUUUACUUUUUUAAUGCAGUGCUUUCAUUUUAUUUAACCCUUGUGUUAGUUUUUUAGUUUCCUCAUCAUUUAUUUCACUUAUCAACCAUGAAUUGAAAGUAAACCGCUCAUGAACAAAUGCACUGAAAGCUUAAAAGUCAUGAAUUGCUUGAAAGCAGUCUUUGCAUAAAGGAAAUUAUUUGGACGCA